AUGCAGAAGUGGGGACUGUGGGCUGUGGCCUUCCUGGCCCUCCUGUCUGCACGGGCCUUUCCACACACCGACAUCAGUAUCCACUCAGCCCUGUCAGAGGGACCCCAGAUGUCCUUGAUGUGCCCCCUGUUCUGGACAGAGUUCAAAGGUCACUGCUACAGAUUCUUCCCCAUCAACAGGACCUGGGCGGAGGCCGACCUACACUGCUCUCAGUUCACUGUGGGUAGGAAAUCUGCCAAGCUGGCCUCCAUUCACAGCUGGGAGGAGAACGUCUUUGUGUAUGACCUGGUGAACAGCUGUGCUCCUGACAUCCCAGCUGACAUCUGGACAGGCCUUCAUGACCACAGGCAGGAGGGGCAGUUUGAAUGGACAGAUGGGUCUCCUUAUGACUACAGUUACUGGGACAGGAGCCAGCCUGGUGAUGGCAUCCAUACAGACCCAGAAGAAGACUGUGUGCAGAUGUGGUACCGGCCCAGUAGCGCACUGAGGUCCUGGAAUGAUAACGCCUGCUACAGGAAGUUCCCCUUUGUCUGCAAGAUCCCAUCUCUGAGCAUUCACUGAUGCACUCCUGUUCCCCGCGUGGGUGUAAACUCAGCACCAAGAUGCCCUGCAGCGGGGUCUAGAGCAGAGCUCACGCUAAGCAAAUGUAAACACACAUAGAAGGAAAGUCCUCCAGGCAGAGAUUCUCAACAAGCUGGUCUUAAUUAUUCAGUGGCCAAGAGACAGCAGAUCAACGCACACAGGUUCCAGCAUCCUGGAUUGAACUGAAUGUUGCCAUCCUGGUCAGGUCUCCAGUUCAUGUUUGAAGUGGUCACUUAGACACAGGUUGACUGGUUAGCACUGAUGUGAUGUGCAUCACUGAGGCAGAGUGGAAUGGGAGUUAAGACCUUCUGUGGGGACCUGAGUAAUUAUAAUCAGCUGUUGG